CGGUGUGCGGAAUCACUCGAGGCCCAGGCGGAGCGGAGCGAGGGGAUCGCGGCUCCCCGUGAAGAAUGUCAGCCACCAGCGUCGACCAGAGACCUAAAGGACAGGGAAAUAAAGUUUCAGUACAAAACGGUUCGAUUCAUCAAAAGGAUGCAGUAAAUGAUGAUGAUUUUGAGCCAUAUCUAAGUAGUCAGACAAAUCAGAGUAACAGCUAUCCACCAAUGUCAGACCCAUAUAUGCCUAGUUAUUAUGCUCCAUCCAUUGGAUUUCCAUACUCUUUAGGUGAAGCAGCAUGGUCAACUGCAGGCGACCCUCCAAUGCCAUACUUGACAACUUAUGGACAGAUGAGUAAUGGUGAACACCAUUACAUACCCGAUGGUGUAUUUAGUCAACCUGGGGCAUUAGGAAAUACCCCUCCAUUUCUCGGGCAGCAUGGAUUUAAUUUUUUUCCUGGGAAUGCAGACUUCUCUACAUGGGGGACAAGUGGAUCUCAGGGACAAUCAACGCAAAGCUCUGCUUACAGCAGCAGCUAUGGCUAUCCACCUAGUUCUCUUGGGAGAGCCAUAGCAGAUGGACAGGCUGGAUUUGGCAGUGAUACUCUGAGCAAGGUGCCUGGGAUUAGCAGCAUUGAGCAAGGCAUGACUGGACUGAAAAUUGGUGGAGAUAUGACGGCUGCUGUAACAAAAACUGUAGGUUCAGCUCUGAGCAGUACAGGUAUGACAAGCAUUGCAGCAAACAGUGUACCCCCAGUUAGCAGUUCAGCACCUAAACCAACCUCAUGGGCUGCCAUUGCAAGGAAGCCUGCUAAACCUCAGCCGAAACUCAAGCCUAAAAGUAAUGUGGGCAUUGGUGGCCCUGCAGUACCGCCACCACCUAUAAAACACAACAUGAAUAUUGGAACUUGGGAUGACAAAGGGUCAGUGGUAAAAGCACCCCCAGCCCAACCAGUACUGCCUCCUCAGACUAUAAUCCAGCAGCCUCAGCCAUUAAUUCAACCACCACCACUGGUGCAAAGCCAACUGCCUCAACAGCAGCCUCAGCCACAGCAACCACAACAGCAACAAGGACCUCAGCAGCAGGCCCAGCCUCACCAGUUGCAGCAGCAACAGCUGCAAAACCGCUGGGUAGCUCCUCGUAAUAGGGGUGUGGGCUUCAGCCAGAACAAUGGAGCUGGUAGUGAGAACUUUGGUUUAGGUGUUGUAUCUGUCAGCUCCUCACCUUCUGGUGUGGAAGUGCACCCAGUGCUGGAGAAACUAAAGGCCAUAAACAACUACAAUCCCAAAGACUUCGAUUGGAAUCUGAAGAAUGGACGUGUGUUUAUAAUCAAAAGUUAUUCAGAGGAUGAUAUUCAUCGCUCCAUUAAGUACUCUAUCUGGUGUAGUACUGAACAUGGUAAUAAGCGCUUGGAUGCUGCUUACCGUUCCCUGAAUGGAAAAGGCCCACUCUAUUUACUCUUCAGUGUGAAUGGCAGUGGACACUUUUGUGGAGUGGCUGAGAUGAAGUCUGUUGUGGACUACAAUGCAUAUGCUGGUGUCUGGUCUCAGGAUAAGUGGAAGGGGAAGUUUGAUGUCAAAUGGAUCUUUGUCAAAGACGUUCCCAAUAACCAACUGCGGCAUAUUCGCUUGGAAAACAAUGACAACAAACCAGUUACCAAUUCGAGGGACACUCAAGAGGUACCCCUAGAAAAAGCCAAGCAAGUGCUUAAAAUAAUUGCUACUUUCAAGCAUACCACCUCAAUCUUUGAUGACUUUGCACAUUAUGAGAAGCGUCAAGAGGAGGAGGAAGCCAUGCGUAGGGAGAGAAAUAGAAACAAACAAUAACUAUAUGGAGAUGUCCUGCUAGAAUUACAACACUAAUGAUGUAGACUCUGGAAAUGCCUAAUAUGUCUAAGAAGACGUUAUUAAAGCUUUUUUCUGCUUAAGGUGACAUCUUUGAACACUUUAACACAAAAUUGACUCUUCUUGUAAUGGUUCUCAUCAGUGCAUCUGCCCUUAUACUCUCUCACCAAACACACUUGAGAACUGUACCUUCGUCAAGCACUUUCUGUCCUGAAGCUUUUACCAGUAUCUGCUGUCUUUUGUAUUUAUGCAUCCUAGCUAAGGCACAGGAGACGGAACGAAUGCAAGGAUUCAUUAACUCUUUGAAUUUGUUAAAUACUAACAUUUAACCAUUAGAAGUGGUUCAAUGAUGUGAGAUUCACAUUGCUUCAACUUAAUUUUUUCUUUGUAGUUUUUUUAAUUGUCAGUUUUUAGCUAUUCAACAGAUUAAAAGCAAAUCAUGCCAUAUUUAGUCCUGGAGUAAAACUCAAGUCUAAAUGUUCAUGUGAAAAUUAUUGUAGUAAUCUUUUAAUAUGGCAAAGCAACUUUAAGCUGCAGUUUAGCCAAAUGAAACAUAACAUAAAAUUAUAUUAGAAUGACAUUUCCCUUGUUUCAAACUGUUUGGUGUAAGAGAAUAUUAAUAUGCAGCUUGGUGGACACCACCAGUUAAUGCACAUUUCUUUAUUUUUUUUCUGUAACAUGUAUACUGAAAAAAGUGCAUUUGUCUGAGGAACUGUUUGUUUGCUACCACUCAAUGAAUCUCAGUUUUGAGUAAAUGUACCUCAGUCUAAAUCAGACUUUUUAUGACCUUUAUAACUACAUUUAAAAUAAUCUUUAAUUCCUAUUUCUGGGUGUUUGCAAGCCUGACAGAUUGCUAUCAUGAAAGUGAAAAUUUACUCCUCUAGGUGAUUCACUAGCUAAAUAAACAUAAUUCUUGUUUAGCAAGCAUA